AUGCACGCCAUCACGGACCCCCUCCUGACCACGUACCCGACCUCCGUGCCCGUGACCUCCGCCGUGUCGGCCAACGUCUUCGUGGACUGCACUUCAUCCGCCGAUAAGUCACUCACGUUUGUGUGGCAGCUCCACGUCCAGAUCGACGCGCCGAAGGAUGUGGUUCUGCCGUACGUUCGCCAUCACAUCGUCGCUCCCCUCAGCGGCGCCGGCGAUCCCGAUCCAUGUUGGACGCCCCUUGAUGCUGAGUCCGAUUUCCCCCCCCUCGCACGUCCUGCCGCCUCCAUGUCCGUUAAAUCGUUCUACGAGCUACCAUCAGAAGUGCUCGAGGUCAUGUUCGAGUUCAUGGACUCAACGUCGCUGGGCCACGUCACUACGACCAACCACGCCCUCCACCGCCUCCUCGAGACGUCCAGCGUAUGGAAACUCCAAGUCCGCGCUCGCUUUGGGGUGAUCGUUGAGGCUUUCCCAGUGCUGCCGUCCCCAUCCUGGAGGUCCAUCUUCACCAACUUGAUGUGCGACGUCCCAGCUCUCGUCCAAGCCUCCCCCCAAGACAUUCUGACUGUCGUGAACCGCCCGCCCAUGUAUGCAAUGGACGCCGCCGCCAAGCCAGUCCGCGAGGAGAUUCUGCUCAUGGCAGCGCUGCGUCGGUACCCCGCGCACCUGACUCUGAUUCAGCUCUAUGUCGGCCUUCUCGUCCGUCCGUCCGCCCCCGACACGUUAAUCGAUGGUGUGAACUGA